AUCUAACCUAAAUAUAAAUUGUUGCAGUAAACAAUGACGAUCGACAAGCAGCUGGUAUGGGUGCGCGACCCGAACGAGGGGUUCGUGCUGGCGCGGCUGCACGAGCUGAUGGGCGAGGAGGCCGACGUCGCGCCGCUGGACAACAAGUACCCGCGCAGGGUGUGCAGCUUCGAGGACAUAUUCCCCGCCGGCGACCCGAGCAAGGACGUUGAUGAUAACUGUGAGUUAAUGUUCCUGAACGAGGCGACUCUCCUGAACAACAUCCUCGCUCGAUACAAGAAGAACAAGAUAUAUACAUACGUCGCCAAUAUACUGUUGGCCGUCAACCCUUAUGAAGACAUAGCUGAUCUGUACUCGUCCAAUACUAUCAAGAAGUAUCAAGGGAAGUCGCUGGGUGAACUCCCGCCUCAUGUGUUUGCUAUAGCCGACAAAUCGUUCCGUGACAUGAAAUCAUUGAAGCAGUCACAGUCUAUAAUAGUGUCUGGAGAGUCGGGAGCGGGAAAGACGGAAUCCACUAAAUACAUCCUCAAAUACUUGUGCGACUUGUGGGCUAAAGGCGCUGGGCCUGUUGAGCAGAAGAUAUUAGAUGCGAAUCCAAUUCUCGAAGCGUUCGGUAACGCUAAAACGACUCGUAACAACAACAGCUCCCGUUUCGGCAAGUUCAUGGAGGUGCACUUCAACAACAAAUACCAGGUGGUUGGAGGUCACAUCUCCCACUACCUCCUGGAGAAAUCCAGGAUAUGCACCCAGAGUGCUGAGGAGAGGAACUACCAUGUGUUCUACUUGCUGUGCGCUGGAGCGCCGGCUGAGUUGAGGAAUGAGUUGGAGAUCACCAACCCCGGCGAUUAUACCUAUCUGCAAAAUGGCUGCACACAGUAUUUCACUACUCCAGAGUCGGAGAAGAGAAUAAGUGCUGACCGUAAGAGCAAGCAGCAGCAAGCCAAGGGAGGAUUGAGAGACCCCAUGCUCGACGAUGUAGAGGACUUCCAGAGAUUACAUCAGGCGCUGUCCCGUGUGGGUCUGUCGGAGGCGGAGAAGCGCGCGGUGUACAGCGUGGUGGGCGCCGUGCUGCACCUCGGCAACGUGCGGUUCGAGGAGGAGGCGGGCGCGCGCGGCGGCUGUCGCGUGUCCGAGGGCUCCGAGCGCGCGCUGGGCGCCGCCGCGCGCCUGCUCGGCGUCGCGCCCGCCGACCUGCGCGCCGCGCUCGUCGCGCGCCUCAUGCAGAGCGCGCGCGCCGGCGCCAAGGGCACCGCCAUCAUGGUGCCGCUGAAGACGUACGAGGCGGCGAACGCGCGCGACGCGCUCGCCAAGGCGGUGUACAGCCGGCUCUUCGACUACAUCGUGCACCGCAUCAACGUCAGCAUACCCUUCCAGGCCUCCGCCUACUACAUCGGCGUGCUCGACAUCGCUGGAUUUGAAUACUUCCAAAUGAACAGCUUUGAGCAGUUCUGCAUCAACUACUGUAACGAGAAACUGCAGCAGUUCUUCAACGAGAGGAUAUUGAAGAACGAACAGGAGCUGUACAAGAGAGAGGGUCUUAAUGUGCCUGAGAUCAGAUUUGUGGAUAAUCAAGAUUGUAUCGAUUUAAUCGAGAGCAAAAACCACGGCAUAUUCCACUUAUUAGACGAGGAGUCGAAACUUCCCAAGCCUGAGUUUGGACACUUCACACAUUCGGUUCACAAGCAGCUGGGUACCAAUAACAACAGGAUCCAAGUGCCGCGCUCGUCCCGUCUGAAGGCGCACCGCACGCUGCGCGACGACGAGGGCUUCUUGCUCAGACACUUCGCCGGCGCUGUUUGUUACAACACUAAUCAAUUCAUAGAGAAGAAUAAUGACGCCCUCCACGCGUCGCUCGAGUUCCUAGUCCAAGAGUCUGAGAGUGCAUUAGUCCAGGAGUUGUUCCGAGCUUCCGAUAAUAACAAUGCUAAGGGCAAGCUUAACUUCAUAUCCGUCGGCGCCAAGUUCCAAACACAGUUGACGCAGUUAAUGGAUAAGCUGAAGGAGAAUGGUACUAACUUCGUACGCUGCAUCAAGCCAAACUCAGUGAUGACGGGGCGCGCAGUAGAGGGCGGGUUAGUGCUGGCACAGUUACAGUGCAGUGGUACCGCAGCCGUCCUAGCUCUGAUGGAGCGCGGGUUCCCAUCCCGCGCGCCGUGUGGGGACCUGCACCGCAUGUACCUUCCGUACCUGCCGCAGAAACUGCAUCAUCUGCCGCCUAAAGUGUUCUGCGAGGCAAUGAUCCACAGUUUGGGUUUAUCCGAUAAAGACUACAAGUUUGGUGUGACGCGUGUGUUUUUCCGCCCGGGAAAGUAUUCCGAAUUCGAUACCAUGAUGAAAUCUGACCCGGAGAACUUAAAAUCCAUAGUGGGAUCAGUUCUGUCUUGGCUCGUCAAAUCUAGAUGGAGAAAGAGUAUUUUCGCUGUGCUGUCCAUUAUUAAACUGAAGAAUAAGAUAGCGUACCGGCGCGAGUGCCUGAUCCUGAUCCAGCGCGUGGUGCGCGGGCACGUGGCGCGGCGGCACCGGCCGCGGCUGGCGGCGCUGGCGCGCGCGCGCCGCCUGCUCGCCUCGCUCGACCACAUGCAGCGCGCCACCGCGCAGCUCGGGCCCGCCGCGCCCGCCGCGCUGCAGCGCAUACAGGCUCUGCGCGCCGCCGUCGACGACGCCUGCAACACCAUCAAGAAAAAUGAGAAGAUGAGUCGCAGUGAGCUAGACCAACAGUACGAAAAAUUAAACAAAGACGUCGAGGCACAAAUGGCAUCUCUGCAGAAGGCUAUGAUUGAUCAGAAAAACAGAGAGGAACAAGAAAGGUUGCGUAAACUCGAAGCGGAGAUGCGCGCGGCAGAGGAAGCCAAACGGAAGGAACUCGAGAGAAUCAGACAAGAGGAAGAACAUCGCAGGCUUAAAGCGGAAAUGGAAGCAAGACGCAAAGCCGAAGAGGCCGAGAGGCUCAGGCAAGAGGAACAGGACCGCAUCGCAGCUGUGAAGCUGCAGCAGCAAAUGGAAGAGGCCGUCAAAGCAGACCAGGAAAAUCGGGAGAGGCUAGAACAAGAACGAAGGGAUCAUGAGAUGGCUGUGAGAUUGGCAAAGGAAACCAACGGACACGUCGAAGGAUCCCCACCGCAAUUACGCAGUUUCUCAACAAUGGAGUCAGUGAAUGGCGAGAAUAAAUUGAACAGGUCGGAGCGCGUGAGGAUGCAGCAAGCGAUGCAGGGCAAGCAGAAAUACGACUUGUCCAAGUGGAAGUACUCCGAGCUGCGGGACACCAUCAACACGUCGUGUGACAUCGAACUGUUGGAGGCUUGCCGUCAUGAGUUCCACCGUCGACUGAAGGUGUACCACGCGUGGAAGGCAAAGAACGCGCGCAAGACCACCAUGGCGGACCAGGAGAGGGCGCCACAGUCUAUAAUGGAUGCUGCGCGUGCGCCGCGCGCGGUGGGGCGCGGCUCGGUGCUGGGCGCGCGCCACCGGUACUUCCGCAUCCCCUUCGUGCGCGCCGGCGCGCCCGGCGACGCGCCCGACCGCCGCGGCUGGUGGUACGCGCACUUCGACGGGCAGUACGUCGCGCGGCAGAUGGAGCUGCACCCCGACAAGACGCCCGUGCUGCUGCAGGCCGGUGUGGACGAUAUGCAGAUGUGCGAGCUGUCGCUGGAGGAGACGGGGCUGACGCGCAAGCGCGGCGCGGAGAUCCUGGAGCACGAGUUCGAGCGCGAGUGGGCGCGACACGCCGGCGCGCCCUACACGCCGCCCGACCUGCGCAAGCGGUAAACAUUCCUCGACUACAACAAGAAGCCCACUAGUGUGAAGCGAUGAGUUAUAGGGAUUUAAUGUAUCGUAAACAACUUAGUGCUUUUCAAUGUGCCUUCGUAGGUUCUUAGUUCUAUAUUAGUGCAAUAACGAAGGCCACCAUAUACAUGUAAACGGGUCCAUUCAAAUCAUACAUACAUAUAUUUAUUUACAAUGAACUACAUUUUCGAUGAUGCGAAACCAUAAAGUACAAGUUUCAAAUGCAUUUUUAUAUUUACAUUCUAUAUUUUUAUUUAAGUGUGACGAUAUAUAUGAAGUUUCAACGCAAAAAUUAAAUUCUUUACAAGGUAAAAUUACUCUAGUACAUAAUUUGAAUGGAUCCAAAUAUAUUUUGCUGCAUGUUUGUGUAACAAUGGUAAAUAUUUACUAUGUACACACAUAUUAAUUUUACAAAUCAGCACUUUAUAUUACCAAUUAAAAGGGGGAAGUUCACUAUUUUUAGUAUUGCCAUGAGUAAAAAAUUGUGAAAACUUAGUAGAAAAUUUUCAUAUAUUAAAUUAUUAGAGAUAAAUUAGUGUAUUUAUAAAUGGAUAAUAAACCAAUUAUGGUAAUGUUGGUGCA